UGGGCCCUGGCUCCCGGGGCAGCCGCGGCCAUGUCUCGGCCGGGCCAGGGGGUGAUGCUGCCAGGGAGCGGGCUGGGCUUCCCGCCGCAGAACGUGGCCCGGGUGGUGGUGUGGGAGUGGCUGAACGAGCACAGCCGCUGGCGGCCCUACACGGCCACCGUGUGCCACCACAUCGAGAACGUGCUCAAGGAGGACGCCCGCGGCUCGGUGGUCCUGGGGCAGGUGGAUGCCCAGCUGGUGCCCUACAUCAUCGACCUGCAGUCCAUGCACCAGUUUCGCCAGGACACAGGCACCAUGCGGCCCGUGCGGCGCAACUUCUACGACCCGUCGUCGGCGCCCGGCAAGGGCAUCGUGUGGGAGUGGGAGAGUGACGGGGGCGCGUGGACGGCCUACGACAUGGACAUCUGCAUCACCAUCCAGAACGCCUACGAGAAGCAGCACCCGUGGCUCGACCUCUCGUCGCUGGGCUUCUGCUACCUCAUCUACUUCAACAGCAUGUCCCAGAUGAACCGCCAGACGCGCCGGCGGCGCCGCCUGCGCCGGCGCCUGGACCUCGCCUACCCGCUCACGGUCGGCUCCAUCCCCAAGUCGCAGUCGUGGCCCGUGGGCGCCAACUCGGGCCAGCCCUGCUCGUGCCAGCAGUGCCUGCUGGUCAACAGCACGCGCGCCGCCUCCAACGCCAUCCUGGCCUCGCAGCGCCGCAAGGCGCCCCCCGCGCCCGCGCAGCCGCUCCCGCCGCCGCCCGGGGGGCCCCCCGGGGCGCUGGCCGUGCGCCCCAGCGCCACCUUCGCGGGCACCGCGCUCUGGGCGGCGCCCGCCGCCGUGGGCCCCGCCGAGCCUGCGCCGCCCGCCGGGGCGCCCCCGCGGAGCUCGAGCAACCCCAGCGGCGCGCCCACCCCCGGGCAGAACAACCUCAACCGGCCGGGACCCCAGCGCACCACCACCGGGAGCGCACGCGCCGCCAUCCCGCCGGGGGUCCCCGCACUUCCGGUGAAGAACUUGAGUGGGACGGGGCCGGUGCAUCCCGCCCUGGCAGGGAUGACCGGGAUCCUGCUGUGCGCGGCGGGUCUACCCGUGUGCCUCACGCGGGCCCCCAAGCCCAUCCUGCACCCGCCGCCCGUCAGCAAGAGUGACGUCAAACCCGUGCCAGGCGUGCCUGGGGUGUGCCGCAAGACCAAGAAGAAGCACCUCAAGAAGAGUAAGAACCCCGAGGAUGUGGUUCGAAGGUACAUGCAGAAGGUGAAGAACCCCCCGGAUGAGGACUGCACCAUCUGCAUGGAGCGGCUGGUCACCGCCUCGGGCUACGAGGGUGUGCUUCGGCACAAGGGCGUGCGGCCUGAGCUCGUGGGGCGCCUGGGCCGCUGCGGCCACAUGUACCACCUGCUGUGCCUCGUGGCCAUGUACUCCAAUGGCAACAAGGACGGCAGCCUGCAAUGCCCCACGUGCAAGGCCAUCUACGGGGAGAAGACGGGCACUCAGCCCCCCGGGAAGAUGGAGUUCCACCUCAUCCCCCACUCGCUGCCCGGCUUCGCCGACACCCAGACCAUCCGCAUCGUCUACGACAUCCCCACAGGCAUCCAGGGCCCAGAGCACCCCAAUCCAGGCAAGAAGUUCACCGCAAGAGGCUUCCCACGCCACUGCUAUCUACCCAACAACGAGAAGGGCCGGAAGGUGCUGAGGCUGCUCAUCACGGCCUGGGAGCGGAGACUCAUCUUCACCAUAGGCACGUCCAACACCACGGGCGAGUCGGACACCGUGGUGUGGAACGAGAUCCACCACAAGACCGAGUUUGGCUCCAACCUCACGGGCCACGGCUACCCGGACGCUAGCUACCUGGACAACGUGCUGGCGGAGCUCACAGCCCAGGGCGUGUCCGAGGCCUCCGCCAAGGCCUGAGAGGCCCCAGGCCGCCCGCCUUCCCUCCUGCUUUGCCCCUGGUCCGGCACACGCGUCCCUCUGCCAGGCGUGCCCUGGUGGCCCAGGUUCAGGCCUGAGGAGGAUCCUGCAGAAAGAGCCAGAAGCAAUCCGGGAUUCGGCUGGUGGCAGCUGGGCGGCGGCGGGACAGCAGGAGAGCAGCACGGCCGGCUCCGACCAUCGCUCCCUGACAGGGCCGCAGAGGGCACCGGAAACCACAGCAACCUCCCUACAAAAGACAGAGCCCCACCCCUCACACAAACACACGUGUCCUGUUGAACACAUGCACGCACACCCACGUGCCUCUACUUACCCCCAACUGGGGGGAAGAGACAGAAGGACCCUGCGAGCUCUGUGUGGAUCCCCAUCUGUGUCUCUCUCCCCUCUGCACAGGCUUGUCUGCAGCAGGAGGAUUCGGGUCAAGCACUUAGGAGCCUGCCGGGGCUGCGGGGGUGAAGGGGGCACUUGGGAAGCUCAGUCUGCUCCCAUCUCUGCCACCCUUCUCUGCACCCACUGCUGGGUCGCUGUGGGGUGGAUUAUUCAUUUGGCAGUUUUGCAAAGGGGUGGGCCAGAAAGAGGAGGUCCCCCUCAUGUCUAUCUUAUUUUGUGCUUGUAUCUUCAUCUUUCUGGGACCCUGACCUCCUUCUUCCCCCUCCCAUCCCCAGCCUUAAGUCUGCCCCAGCUAAAGGCACUGUUCUCCUUUCUGCCCACUCCAUCCUCUCUACCGAACUGCUCUGUGUCCAGGUCCGGAGAUGAGCUCCUGGCUCCGGGGCCACGGAGGAGGCCUAGCUCCGGCCAGCAGGUGUAAAAAGCAGACUGGACAGCAAAGAGUCCACUUCCCUCUCCUUGCAGGGGGCAGUGGGGUGGCUGCGAGCUUGGCCAACCAGGGGCCUGUUGCCCAGGCAACUCACCAGCUCCGCCUCUGUUGAUUGGCUGCAGUGGUAGAAGUCAGCCAAGAUUUAAAGGGAUGCCAGCGAUUGCUCUUUUUGAAAACCUACCAGUCCCACUGUGGGUGGAGAAAUAAACGGUCUUUCUCCUCCUCACUCGGUUUUUCCUGCC